UGUUCCGAUAAAGGUGUUUGUUUAUGUGUGAGAGAGAGAAAAAGAUCUGAAAGUGCAGAGAGCUCUGUUUCUGGUUCUUAGCUUAAAUUUCAGCAUUCUCUGAAAUUACAUUUGUUACUAAUCAUUCUUCAAUCCAUCCCCAUAUUCUGAAUUCACUUUUUCUCAAUUUCUAACUUUGUUUCAUAAAAAUUCCAGCAAAAAUGUUGCACACCAAGUCUGAAUCGGACAUAACCAGCUUAGCACCAUCUUCACCAUCCAGGUCUCCAAAACGGCCAGUUUAUUACGUUCAGAGCCCAUCAAGGGAUUCUCAAGAUGGAGAUAAAUCAGCAUCCAUGCAAGCAACACCCAAUUUCAACAGUCCAAUGGAAUCCCCAUCUCACCCUUCGUUCGGCCGGCACUCUAGGAACUCGUCGGCGAGUAGAUUUUCCGGGAUAUUCCGGUCGUCUUCCGGUAGGAAAGCGGGGAGGAAGAGGAGUAACGAUAAGGGUUGGCCUGAAUGUAACGUGAUAAUGGAAGAAGGGAAGUAUGAUGAGUUUGAUGAUGAUGAUAAAGCUUUUACUAGAAGAUGUCAAAUUAUUAUAGCUUUUAUUAGUUUCUUUCUUUUGUUUACUGUCUUUUGCCUUAUUAUUUGGGGAGCUAGCAGACCUUUUAAGGCUCAGGUUUCUGUUAAGAGUUUGUCUAUGGAUAAUAUCUAUGUUGGAGAAGGUUCGGAUUCAACUGGAGUUCUCACAAAGAUGAUGACCAUGAAUGGAACAUUAAGGAUUAGUGUAUACAAUCCUGCUACAUUCUUUGGAAUUCAUGUUAGUUCUACACCCAUCAAUCUUCUCUACUCCGAUAUCCCUGUCGGAACUGGUCAGUUAAAGAAGUACUUUCAGUCGAGAAAGAGCCACAAGAUCGCUGUAGUGAAUAUACAAGGGACAAAGGUUCCAUUAUAUGGGGCGGAUGCGACUUUAGUUGCUUCAACCAAAGACGGAAUUCAAGUCCCUUUAACGUUGGAGUUUGAGAUUCGGACAAGAGGAAACGUGGUUGGAAAAUUGGUCAGGACUACCCACAAGAGGAAGGUUUCUUGUGAGGUGAUUAUCGAUUCAACAAGCAACAAACCCAUCAAAUUCAAGAAGGAUGCUUGUUCUUACAAUUGAAGAUAAUCCUUCAAUUGUACAAGAAUUCAUGUUGGAUAUACAAUUUUCUCUUUUCUAGUUUGCUGGAUUGGUAAUUUGUGUGUAUAUUACUUCUUCUUCUUCUUCUUCUUCUUCUUCUUCUUCCUUAAAACUGAAAUGAAUAAUGUUGUUUGAAGCA